GUUAAAAAUAGAUACACGAGACCCGGAAGUGUUUUUAGUAACGACUAUGGCGACCAUUUUGUGAAGGAUUAUGUAAACAUGGCAUUUACUAAUCUUUCAAAUGGUGGGUAUGGUGAUGUACAUGUGAAAUCAUGUUUGGAACCCACUCGUCCUCGGUACUUUUAUCCCGCCUAUAGAAAUGAGGAAACUCGUGUACUAUCAUUCAGUGACCCCUCUGCCAACGGUCUAAUGAAAAUGGCCAGAGCUUUAGCUGAAGCUGGCUUUUUCUAUGAAGGAUACAACUCCAAAACAGCAUGCUUCGCGUGUGGCGUAAGCCAUGACAAUUGGUCGGAAAGAGACAAUCCGUUGAAAGAACAUUUGAAAAAGAAUCCAAAGUGUAUCCACGCCUUGCAGUCAGAGCAGAAGGCUAACGUGCAAGCUCGGUCUGAUUCCGCCUAUCUACGGGAUCCUGAAAUCAUAUCGUCUGCCAGACACUCAGAUUAUACCGAAGCACUGUUGCGAGAAGCGUCAUUCCAAAUGGCCACGGGAAAUCUCAAACAAAGAGCACCCAAUUUGGCCAAAUCUGGAUUCUUCUGCAAAGGUUCAGGAAACACUGUGACAUGUUUUUGUUGUGGACUUGAAAUGACAUUGGAGUUUCAUGAAGAUGUGACCGAAAAGCAUCUGCAAUUGUCCCCAAAUUGUGAACUUCUUCGUUAUGAAAUGCAAAAGAUGAAUGACGACGCUCACAGAAUAAGACAACAGUUGCUUUGUAAAGUUUGUUAUGCUAAUCGGGUUAUGAUAACGUUUCGUCCAUGUUGUCACUUGGCAACCUGCGAGGAAUGUGCCGACAAGCUGGAACUCUGUCCAAUAUGUAGAACAGUAAUAAUGGAGAAAAUUAAAACCUUUCUUUGAGCAAAACGGCUUCAAUGAAAACUCUUAACAUUAAUCGAACUUUCCAAGAGUAUAGACAACUUUGCAAAACGAUUUUUUUAAAGCAUUCAUUACUAUUAUAAUUGAUUAAUAUUUAAUAAUUGGCGUUCAGUAUCCGACUUUUUAAAGUUAACUGUAUCAAAACCAUGAAAAUAAUACAUAUGUAUAUUGUUUAUUAACUAGAUGUCUCCGUGAACUUUUGUUAGUACAAAGUCAGUUUUCGAAAGUCAAUUAUGAAAGAUUUAAAAAGCAAGUUUAUAUUGUUGUCAAAAUUCACGUAUUUUGAUUUUUUUUACAGUUUUUUUUUACUUUUUCACUUGCAGAUAAAUUCAAAUACAAAUAUAAAAUAUAUAAAAGCUAUGUGAAACCAACAACUCAUUCCUUUAAUAUGAUAGAAUUACUGAAUUUAUGAUAUAUUGUAAAAUAUGUAUAUAUUAAAAUUUUAAAUAUAUGUUAAUGCUAACAAUAUUGUAGAUUCCUAUUAUCUACUACAUUUUGCGAUUUCUUUGUUUUUGUUUUUUAAAUCGCAAAAAUAUAAAACUGCUAUUGCCGACCUUUUUUUGUACAACGAUUUUUUGUAAAAUUUCAAAACUCUUAAAGUAUUUUACGAGGUUGAUAAGGCAUUUAAUACAGUAUCCAAAGGAUAUAUUUACAUGUAAUAGUUUGCUGGAUAUGUAAUUCAUUUUAUGAAUGGAACAAAAGUCAUAUUUUUAUAUUAUCGCACGUGCAAAACAAAUAGAUAAAAAUAAUUUACAAAAAAAAAAUUAAUACUUCACAUGUUAGGUAGCGAGGAACUGUUUCGAUUAGAGAAUCAGUCUAUUUUUUCUGUUGAAAAAUUGAGAAUUGUUAAUGUUAAGUACAUGAGAAUCAAAAGUUAAAUACAAAACUUGUGGGUAUGACUUUUGGGUUGGCUUAGCACAGUAAAAUUGCAAAUUACAUACGGGAGGUAUAAUGACACGAAAAGUAGGUGGAUGGGGAAAAUAAUGAAUUAUAUGUAUACACCGGAAAGUUUAUGACAUGUAAAACUGUGGCAUGCAUUUUGUACUUAUUGUCAACAUUUUGCAGGAAAUGUGUUAAAAGGUGUCUAAAAAGCUACAAAAUAAUGUGAAAUGGAUGAGAGAGUCGAAAAACCACUAUGUAGAAAAUUUUACACGUCCUAUCUAGUAAUCUCCCUAGAAAUUGGUGUUGGGUCUUAUAAGAAGUAAAUAAGAGGUGUUUUGUGUUUAAUGGGAGCAUAUGAUAUUCUAGUUACAGAGUUCCGAAGACACAUACCCCUUAUAAUUAACAAUAGCCUAUCGAUUUUUCGUAAGUUCUAUAGUUGAUACAGCGACCUUUUCAACAUUACAAUCUCCCACUGGGUCACAUGCAAACUGACAUUUUUCAUAUUAAUUGUUAGACCAUAAUUAAUCACCUAAUUGGCAAUGGACUUUUCCGUUUUUAGCUCACCUGAGCUGAAAGCUCAAGUGAGCUAUUCUGAUCACUUUUUGUCCGUCGUCCGUCCGUCCGUCCGUCUGUCCGUCCGUCUGUCCGUCUGUCUGUCCGUCUGUAAACUUUUUACAUUUUGAACUUCUUCUCUAAAACCGCUUAUCCAAUUUCAACCAAAUUUGGCACAAAGCAUCCUUAUGGGAGGGCGAAUAUAAAUUGCAGAAAUAAAAGUCCGAUCUGUAUUCAAAGCGGAGAAAACCUUGAAACUGUAGAAAAAGGGGGGUGCAUUUUAAAAAAUCUUCUUCUCAAGAACUACUGAUUCCAAUUCAACGUAGUUAAGCAUAAAUUAUCCUUAUGGGAAGGAAAAUAUAAAUUGCAAAAAUUAAGGUCUAAUUCUGUUUCAAAUCUGAGUUAUUACGAAAAUAAUAAUAAAGGAAAGGCGUGUUUCAAUCAGUUUAAUAGCUUCGGAUUCGGCAUCCGGUAAAUUGGGUAGACAAGACUUGGCCUGGGCAAAACAAAAGAUAGGCAGUUAUUAAUCUGCCAAUCUCAUUAAAAUUUCAGGAUAUUUGAUGGACCAGUAUAUUUGUAUUUGCUGUAAAUAUUGCUGCAAAAUAAUGCGUAUUUGGAAUUGACGAUUGCCGAUCUGUCCCGGCUUUUUUUUUGCCACGGCUCGGGUUUGCGUACCCAUUUUACCAAGACUCGUAUUCCAUACACCUAAAACGAGGUUCUGUGUUUAAAGCAGCCAUGACAUUAUACGAAAAAGGGUCGAUCUGACUAUGAUGAAUUUGCUUGUUGUGCAACAGUUUGCGAAUGAACGGAAAUUUUUGAAACAUGCAAAAUAUAUCGGUGCCGAUUUUGUGAAGUAAAUUGAGGCUAAAUAUUUCAAUGCGUUGACAGUUUUCACACAUGACGAUGGUGUUAGCUUGUUCUGAUUUUCGUUUCGUUUUCAUUAUUUAUGCUUUGUAACCUGAGAACUAUCGUCUGUAUUUCGUGAUUUUUACGCAUCAAAUCAAACAGAGACUUCGGUAAAUCAAACAGUUAACUGUUUACGUGCGCAAAUUAAGCAAAAUCUGAUGUAUCAAAAAAGUACUGAAAUACAAUUCAUUAUAUCGGUAAUUCGGCAUUAUAUUUUGCGUAAUGGUAGAUUAAUGCAAUAGGUUUUGUUGAGAUGCUCGGCAUUUUCUCAAGUUUAUUCAGUUUAAAUAGAGUUUGAUAUUGCUGUCGGAAAUAUGUAGGUAUAUACAUGUACAUGUAUAUAUAUGAUUCAUUUCGAAAAAAUAAAUUGUGUUCUUUAUUUGUUAUAGUGCAUGUUUCUUGUGUUCUAAUUGUUUACAAUUUCUAUUUACUAACCAUAUUUGAAUGUUAAGCUUCGAAUUAUAAGCAAGAUACAGAGAUUUGCUCACAAUUCUAUGUUUGUACACAGAUCUUAAAAACUAAAGAUUAAAAAAGUAAAAAAAUUGUCAAUAUUUAUUAAGAAAAUUUUCAAAGUCUCUUCUUCCAGAAACCAACUUUAACAACUUAUUGUAUUGUAAACUUAACCUUUUUUAGCUCACCUGAGCCAAAUUCUUCAUCUCAAAAACUAUUAGGCCAGGAAAGCUCAAAUUUGAGUGGAAGCAUCCUCAGAUAGUGUAGAUUUAAGUUUGUUCAAAUCAUGGUCCCCGGGGGUUGGGUGGGGCCACAAUUGGGAGAUCAUGUUUUACAUAAGAAUAUAUAGAGAAAAUCUUUAAAAAUCUUCUCAAAAACUAUUAGGCCAGAAAAGCUCAAAUUGAAAUGGAAGCAUCCUCAGGUAGUGUAGAUUCAAGUUUGUUCCAAUCAUGAUCCCCGGGGGUAGGGUGGGGCCACAAUUGGGAGAUCAUGUUUUACAUAGGAAUAUAUAGAGAAAAUCUUUAAAAAUCUUCUUAUCAAAAACUAUUAGGCCAGGAAAGCUCAAAUUAAAAUGGAAGCAUCCUCAGGUAGUGUAGAUUCAAGUUUGUUCAAAUCAUAGUUCCCAUGGGUAGGGUGGGGCCACAAUUGGGGGAUCAAGUUUAACAUAGGAAUAUAUUGAGAAAAUCUUUAAAAAUCUUCUUCUCAAAAACUAUUAGGCCAGGAAAGCUCAAAUUAAAAUGGAAGCAUCCUCAGAUAGUAUAGAUUCAAGUUUGUUCAAAUCAUGGUCCCCGGGGGGUAGGGUGGGGCCACAAUUGGGGGAUCAAGUUUAAUAUAGGAAUAUCUUUUAAAAAUCUUCUCAAAAAUAUUUGGCCAAGAAAUCUCAAAUUGGCAUGCAACCAUCCUUAGGAAGUGUAGAUUCAAGUUUGUUCAAAUCAUGGUCCCUGGGGGUAGGGCGGGGUCACAAUGGGGGAUGAAUUUUUAUAGAUAGAGAAAAACUAUAAAAGUCUUCUUCUCAAAACUAUUAGGCCAGGAAAGCCCAAAUUUGAGUGGAAGCAUCCCCAGAUCAUAUAGAUUCAAGUUUGUUUAAAUAAUAGUCCAGUGGUAGGGUGAGGCCACAAUGGGGGAUGAAUUUUUACUUAGGAAUAUAAAGAGAAAAUCUUUAAAACUCUUCUUUUCAAAGAUUUUUUGGCCAGAAAGGGUUUAAACUUGUGUAGAGGCAUCCUCGGGUAGUGUAAAUUCAAGUUUGCAAAAUCACAGUCCCUAGUGGUAGGGCGGGACCGUGAUGGCGGUUUGAAUAUUUACAUAGGAAUAUAAAGAGAAAAUCUUUAAAACUAUUCUGGGAAAGUGUUCGGUUCAAAACUCAGUACUUAGUGUGAAAGCAAAGGUUAUGCAGAUUUAAGUCUAGUGAAACCAUGAUUCCCUAGAGAAAAAUGGGGCCAUGAAAUGGGGGGGGUAUAUAGGAAUAGAGAAAAAUCUUCUUACAGGUACAACAACAAAAGGGGCUUGGUAUUUACUAAAAAAUAAGAGGUUGAUAAAAUUUGGCAGAUUUUCAAUUUUUUUUUAGCAAGAUCUACUGUACUCAGUUGUCAAGAUAUUUUGAUACUGUAAUGCUAAUUUGAUCAGAAUUAAGGCAAGUGUUGCUCAGGUGAGCGAUGUGGCCCCUGGGCCUCUUGUUCCCGAUUACGACAAAGAGCACGGAGCUGGUGUGACCGUUCAUCAGAGGAUGCUCACUCCUCCAUAACACCUGAUCCUACCUCUAUUUUUUUUUAGAAUCCGUGUUUGCUCUGCUCCUGUUUUGUAUUUUUCUUUGGACUUCUGAUUUUGAACACUGUUUGUUAUUACCACAUGUUAUAUUUUGUAUAAAAAGAACAACUUAAAUGAAUUUCAAAACAAAGAA